UUUGAAUGCACUUGUUAGUCACACUCUCAGAACCAACCCAACCAGAUCUGUGAGACAUUCCGAGGAUUCUUGGCGUUUCUCUCUACCUGUCCGACAGGUGUUAGUAAAUCAGUGGUGUUGGCUCCACUGAAGCAGAAAGCGGCUCCAAGCGCGCAGUAGGGACGCGUUUCCUGAACGGUAAUGUGUGAGUGUCUGCGGGCGGCUUGCCCCUGCCUGGAGGAGCUGUGGAGGAGGAUCGUCAAAGAAAAGCCUAAAGAAGGUGAUGAUGACGAAGUGGAUAAUCCUCCCUUUAAGAGACCCUCGUUCCCUCCGCCGCCCCCGGAGAGGCCGCCAGACAGCGCGAUCUACGUGGGGAUCUGGUCGUUCGAAGCUCGGCACAAGGACGAGCUGUCCUUCCAGGAGGGGGAUCUGCUCGAUGUCAUCAGCCGCAACGGAGACUGGUGGACUGCAAGGAAGAUCGGCAAGAACGGGUGCGUCGUGGGCACCGGGAUAGUGCCCCAUAAUUACCUGGCGAGGGCUGAAUCCCUGCAGAUGCAGCCAUGGUUUUACGGGACAAUGAGUCGCUUCGAAGCCCAAAACCACUUGAUGGAGCCAGCAAAUCAGGAGUCUGCUUUCCUCAUCCGACAAAGCGAGAGGGGCGGCGUUGGAUAUGUUCUUUCAGUGAAAUCGAACAGUCAGGUCCGGCAUUUUAAGAUCUUCCAUAUAGAUGAGACGUUUUAUGUGGAGCAAAAUCAACGGUUCAAUUCUCUGGUUGACCUGGUGGAUCACUACUGCAAAAACAGCCUCAACAACAUAGAGUCCCUGGGGAGUGUAUGCAAGAGGAAAAAGCCAAACAUCGAAGAUAUCAACCAUUUGCUGGAUGGUUGGAUUCUGCCAAAAGAUGAGUUCACCAUUGGGGAACAGCUCGGCACUGGCUGUUUUUCUAAGGUCUUCCAUGGCCGCUGGAAGAACCACAUCAAUGUUGCCAUUAAGAUCUUAAAAAAUGACUCUUUGGACAACAAAGAGUUUCAAACGGAAGUUCAAAUCCUGAAAAACCUUCAUCAUCGUCACCUCAUCUCUCUGUUUGCUGUUUGCACGGAGUCGACGCCGUAUUACAUCAUCACCGAGUUGAUGACGAAAGGCAGCCUGCUCAAGUUUCUCAGAGGACCAGAAGGACAAAAUCAAGACAUUGCAUCGCUAAUUGACAUGGCCAUCCAGGUGGCUGAUGGGAUGUCAUACCUGGAAGAGCAAAAAAGCAUCCACAGAGAUCUGGCAGCUCGGAAUGUUCUAGUGGGAGAAAACUACAUCUGCAAGGUGGCUGACUUUGGGCUGGCACGAAUCAUCAAGGAGCCGUUCUACAUCUCAGAAGAUAAAAAGAUUCCCUACAAAUGGUCGGCACCUGAGGCCAUCAGCCAUGGAAAGUUCUCCAACAAGUCAGACGUCUGGUCUUUUGGAGUUUUGCUCUAUGAGAUUAUCACCAAUGGAGGUAUUCCAUACCCAGUUUUUAACAACCAAGAAGUGUAUCAGAAAGUGAAGGACGGAUACAGGAUGGAGGCACCAACCAAAUGCCCCAGUUUUCUCUACAGCAUCAUGCUAAAAUGCUGGCAGGAAAAGCCGGAAGACAGGCCGGACUUCAAAGCUGUCAAGAUCAUGCUGGAAAGUAGCUCCUAUGAGUUGGAGGAACACCCUUUGACUCCUCCCACCACAGGGGGGCAGCAGAGAAGGUGAUACUGAGCAGGAACCUUUAUAGUUUUACCAAGAAGACUCUUCAUUGUCAUAAGAAUAACUGAAACAUAAUCCUUACGUUGCUCAAAGCAGCAAAAGGCUACUGAAGGGACGACUAAUUCUAAUGAAGAUUUACACUACUUGUGAAGGCUAAACAUUUAAAAAUGUGCAAUAGGGAUGACAUGUAUCGUCCAAAUAUUCAUUACAAAUGUGAUUAAUUUCUCUUUUACAUCUCUUUUAAAUCUUGUACCUGUUCUGUUACUGUGAAUGUUUGGAUCUUAUGUAUAAAUCUCAAACUCAAACGUUAAAGGCAAAUUAUCCAGCAUUCACAUUCAGUGCUGUGAAAAAUUAUUUGUCCCCUUUCAGAUCAUCAAAUACAUUUUAUAUAUGAGACAAUGAUAAUCUGAGUACAUUCAAAUAGAAAUGUCCAAAUUAUGAUUUUAUUUAUUAAGAGAAUAAAAAACUAUCCAAACCAA